UUGUAUCCUUUAAUAUCAUUCAAUAUGACGUUAUGUUUCAUCUGAUGAUUUUCAAUCAAGUGUACAACAGUCUAUCCACUUGAUGCCAUCCUUGUUUUAAUUUUUUUAGGCGUGUUUAUUAAUUUGGUGAAUCUGGAAAGGCUGUUUGCAUUAUUAAUAAAUGCUAUAACUUGUUAGUUAUCAAACAUUCGCGACAAUGUACAUAGCAAUCAAUCUUUUAUUAGUGUUAACAUUUUCACUUCUUUUGGUUGACAAUUGUGUCAAAAGUCAAAAGUGUGUAUUUAGAUCAGUAUGUGAUGACUUCUCUGGUAAAGCAGUCACUGGACUUAAAAUUCCCUGUGUCGCCGAGACUGGACCUCAAACUAUUACGGACAAAUCUUUAUUGCGUUCGCUUCAAGAAUUUUGUCCUUACCUCGACCCUGUUAACAAUCCAACUCUCUGUUGUGAUGAGGAUCAAAUCAAUCAAUUGGUCGAUCAAUUGGCUCUCCCGAAAGGAAUGUUAUACCGAUGUCCAUCAUGUUUCUACAAUUUUGCUAAUUUUUUGUGCCACAUGACAUGUUCACCAAAACAAUCAACAUUCUUAAGGCUAGAUGCAUCAGAACCGUCGAAAAGCAAUAGUAGCAAACAGCAAAUAACCGCGAUUUCCUAUGCAAUGGAGGAACAAUUUGCUCAAACCUUAUUCAAUUCUUGUGUCAAUGUUUUGGCUCCUGGUCAAUUGAAGAAACCAAUUAGUAUAAUGUGUGGAGGUUGGGGUGACCAAUGCAAUGCUCAUCGUCUGUUGGAAUAUGUUGGACAAAAAGAUCCUUCACCAUUUAAUAUUAAGUUUCAAUACUAUCCUGAUUCUAAGGACACUGGCAUCUCACCUAUUCCUCUCGUGUCAUCACAAUGCUUUGAAGCACCAGGAGUUGCUAAUGAAUCAGCUGCUCUU